AUGGAACAAACUGUUUUGUCUCCGGCUUUGUCUGGGAAGUUUAUAAGUGAGAAAUCUCAACAUGUUAAGAUUGAAAAGAAGGGAAUAGAACGACUAAGUGAAGAGAUAUUUUCUUCCUUAAGAGAGAACAAGUUACAAAUACCAGAGACAGGUGCUAAAUCUAUACAUCCUGAUAAAACCCAUCCAAAGGCUGUAGACUGGGUGUUUAUUUUAGAUGCAUUGAACUUUUGCUUUUGGUCAAAGAAUAAAGAGACUCAAUGGACCGUUUGUGGCUACACUGGCUAUUAUGCUCUUGAGGCUGCACUACAUAGAGCUAUACAGGAAGGUAUUGACAUUUUAAAUCCUGAAUAUUACUCAAAGAUAACAAACACAGAAUUGAGUAAUAUUUUCAGAGGUGACACAAAUGCUGUAAUUCCUCUGCUUGAUAAAAGAUUAUCAGUACUACAUGAAGUUGGAAAUAUACUGAUCAAUAAAUAUAACAGCACUUUUGAGACUUGCCUCAAAGAUAGUAAUAAAUCUGCUGUUAAAUUAUUAAGCAUACUUGUUGAUAAUUUUCCAUGUUUUCGUGAUGAAGCUGACUAUAAAGGACAGAGGGUGUCAUUGUAUAAAAGAGCACAGAUUCUGGUGUCUGAUUUAUGGAAUUUCUUUGACGGCAGCGGCUGGGGCGAGUUCCAUGAUAUUGAUGAAAUGACAAUGUUUGCUGAUUAUAGAGUACCACAGGUUUUAGUUUAUUUUGGAGCCCUAACUUACAGUGAUGAACUCAUGGAAAAGUUGAAUAAAGAUAUAUUAUUACCAAAUGGAUCAGAGGAAGAAGUCGAAAUCCGAGGUUGCUCAAUUCAUGCUGUCGAGUUGAUUAAAGAAAGGACCGGGGAGCUUAUUAAAGAAGCAGGUUUGACAGCAGAAGUGCCAAAUUCAAGUCUCAUUGACUAUUAUUUGUGGUGCUACAGAAGAAAAUAUGCUCAAGAAAUGGAAAAGAUACCAUAUCAUAAAACUCUGAGUGUUUAUUAUUGA